UUUUUGCACACUCAGGUCAUGGAGACCCCAAACCCACCCGGAGCUUUGACAUGACCCCCACACUCCCUCUGCACGGAUGUAGAAGCUGACCUGAGAGAUGGCUCUGCUGAGGAAAAUAAACAGGCUGCUGGUGGCGCUGUUGCUGCUCAUGCUGUGUCUCCUGCUGCACUCAGCUCUGCUCAGAGGAAACUCCAUUCACACACACACAGGCCCACACAGGAGCCAUGACCCUGUUCUCCGUUCAAACACGGUGAUCCCGGUGCUCGUCUGUGCCUCGGAGGAGAGGCUGGGCGCUGCCAUGGCAACCAUCAACAGUAUCCAAAGCAACACAGAAGCUGACGUCUUUUUCUACAUCGUCACUCUGCACGACGCCGUCAAACUCACGAGACACUACAUAGAGAAGACUAAACUGAGGAAGAUCAAGUAUAAGAUUCUGGAGUUUAACCCGAUGGUGCUCAAAGGGAAAGUGAAACCAGACUCCGCCCGACCCGAGCUGCUGCACCCGCUGAACUUUGUGCGCUUCUACCUCCCCCUGCUGGACAUCCACCACAAAAGACUCAUCUACAUGGACGACGAUGUCAUUGUUCAAGGAGACAUCAGAAGUUUGUUCAGUGUAAAACUCAAACCUGGACACGCUGCAGCCUUCGCCUCCGACUGUGACCUGCCCUACUCCCACGAGAGGGUCCGCAGCAUCGGCAUGCAGACAACAUACAUGGGUUUCCUUGACUACAGGAAACAGGAAGUGAGAGAUCUGGGCAUCGACCCAAACGAGUGCACCUUCAACCCCGGAGUGUUCGUGGCCGACGUGGACGAGUGGAAGAGACAGACCAUCACCAAACAGCUGGAGAAAUGGAUGGAGGAGAACUACAGGCGUGACCUGUACAGCAGCGCUCUGGUGGGGGGCGUGGCCACUCCCCCUCUGCUCAUCGUCUUCCACCAGAAAUACACCAAACUGGACCCACUGUGGCACGUCCGACAUCUGGGCUUCAGUCCUGACUCGUACUAUGCGGAGAGUUACCUGCAGGGGGCGCAGCUGCUGCACUGGAACGGCCCCUUCAAACCGUGGACGUACCCGGCGGUCCACUCUGACCUGUGGGAGAGAUGGUUCGUCCCUGACCCCUCCAGAAGGUUCAAACUGGUACGACCCAAAGCGGGAGAGGAGGAAGAGGAGGAGGAGGAGGAGGAGCGCUGA